GCAGGCCUGUAAAAACUCUGACCAAUCCCUGCCUCUUAGUGCGAAUGGAAAGAACCAAUCAGAUGCUUUCAUGUCUCGUCUUGCCCACGCCCCCCUCCGUCCUUCCAUCCUCCCUGCGUGCACUCAUCACGUGUCACCGUUGCCGGAAAUAUUCAGCACACUAAGCAGAGAUACCGAGUUAGCAGGAGUUUGCUGAACAAUGGCAGAGCAAAUGCAGCCAAAACUACCACUUCCAGCGUUACUUGUAACGGCUCGCCCCGCUAAACAGGCUAAGAAAAGAAAGUCGUGGGCGGAAAAGGCUGCAACGAAAAAGGCUUUGGAUAAAGCGAGAGGACAAACCAGAGUUGCCAUCGGUGCAGCUUUUGAACGGUGGAGACAACUGAAGAAGCUGAAGGGCCUGAAAAGUGAUGUAGAAGUUGCUAUCUUUCUGUUGGAUAGUUAUGCCAAGUAUAGCAUGAUGAUGGCCUCUACUGGAACAUGUAGACAAAAGCUAGCGGCACCAUCAAGACCUGGACGUGUAGCAGCUGCAAGUUUUGUGGAGAUGGAGGUUACCAUUGAGGAAGAGGUGGAGGAGGAAAGCAACAGUGUGAAGAGCAGACUAUCUGACUUGGAGAGUGAUAUGGAAAGCACCACAGAAUCGACUGAGCUGAGUGCUCCAGGAGCUGAUAACAGCUGUGACGUUUACCUACCAGUAAUGCCUCAGAGAUCUGACUUGGAGAGUGAUAUGGAAAACGCCACAGAAACGACUGAGCUGAGUGCUCCAGGAGCUGAUAACAGCUGUGACGGAGACGUCUACGUACCAGUAAUGCCUCAGAGAUGACUUCAGUAGCUCUACUCUACAGGUGAGAAUUAAUCAUUCUGGAAUUAUUAGGCUAAUAUUGCUUUGAAUGCAGCAGCAUAAAAUGUGCUGCAAAUAGGCACUUGUUCAGUGAAACCACCAUCUCUUUCAGUGUUUGGCGCUACAGAUGCUUCAUAUCCAGGUCAAUUCACACACUUGUCAAUAAAGCAUAUAAAAGGAGAGGAGAGGGCUAAACUAAAGUUACUUAGUUAUUUUGUGCGAUGGUCACUUCAUAUGAUAACAUAACAUUAGACUAUUUAUCGUGUUAUACACUGAAACAUUUCACCUUGUAACAUGAUGACAUAUUGUUUACACAACGGCAUGUCAUUUCUGUCUCUACAUGGUCACGCCUUACAAUCCUCCUCUGCUCUCUGUAUCGCGCAUGGCGGA